AUGUUAUUCGAAGGUCCACUUAGUAAGUGGACAAAUGUUAUUCAUGGUUGGCAAUAUCGUUUUUUUGUUCUUGACCCUACACAAGGGAUGCUUAUUUAUUAUACAUCUAAAGAAAAUAUGGUCAAAGGUGAACAACGUGGUGUAGUUUUAUUAAAGGAUGCACAUUUAGGUAUCGAUUCGGAAGAUGAUAGUACAUUUACUAUUCGAUCUAAUGGUAAAACAUUUCAUUUCCAAGCUCGUGAUGCUGAAGAAAGACAAAAAUGGAUAUCAAACCUUGAAGACGCUAUUUCUCUUAAUACAUUUAAUUCAGAUAAUUUAUUACGUUCGAAUAAAACAAUUUUUCAACGUAAAAUUACAGAAGCUGACGGUUUUUUACAAAUAUUAAUCGAUCAAGUGAAUGAAUUAGAACAAAUUAGUAAUCAAGUACAAGAUACCAAAGAACGGGAAUGUUAUAAUCGUGUUGUUUUAUCUGCUAAAAGAUUAAUCGAAGCUGUUAAAUAUUCUAUUUUAUCACUUCAAUUAGCAAAAGUUCAUAUGGAUCCACAUAAUGAAAUAAAAACUAAUGUUGAUUAUCAAGCUGUAUUAUCAGAUAUGAAUAUUAAUAAAGAUGAAAUUCCUAUAAACAAUAAUGAAGCAUCGUCAAAUACAAUUCAAUCAAUAAUUCGUAAUGAUAAAAAUGAAAAAAUUACUGAUGAUAAUAAUUUAAUUGAAUCAACAGCUUUAAAUUUUCAUACAACUGUUAAAACUGUUCGAAAAAAAUUUCCUAUAUCAUCUUAUUCAAGUAGUGAUGAUGACAAUGAUUUUUAUGAUGCCGAUGAACCAAUCGAUGUAUCGGUUUUUUCAGCAGCUGUAAAUCAACAAAUAGAUGAAAAAACAACAAUGAAUGAUAAUCAAAUAAAUGAAACAUCUCUUGCAAAUGAAUCACAAAUUCCAUUUGAAAUUUAUGAAGCUGCUUAUGAUGAAGGACCUGAAGAAGAUCUUGCACCUAUUGAUGGAACGAUAAUUUCACAUUUAAUAUCUCAAGUAAGAAAUAAUAUUUAUUACAUUGAUUAA